UCAUAACAACAAUAAGUAAGCAGUCUUCACAGAGUAAAACAUCACAUGAGGAUGAAGAUUCUUUAAAACUCAAUUCCAAUAUUCAUGAUAUCACUGAUAACAAUAAUUCCAUAUCAACAGAACUUGAACCGCAACCAAAAAAAGCUAGAAAAGGUGGUUAUAGAUUUGAUAAA